AUGGACCUGUAUGGGGAUAGUUUCAAACUUCAGGACAUGAUAGAUUCUGACAUGAGAAGUUUAAGGUCAGAAUUGGGGGAUUAUUUCUCCAAUGACAUAUCAUGUUCUCCUGGUGCCUCACAUUUAGAGUCUUUAAACCCUGGUAUUGGUAUGGAUGCUUUGGACUCCACAUUAGACUCUGAAUUAUCCAAUGAUGGUGGAAGUGGCUGGAUGGACAAUUCUCAGCUAUUCAAUCUCAGUGCAGAUUUUGACAGCAUUGGAGGACUCCUUGUUAAUCCACAAACUGCAUUACCUGUGUCAAUGUCGGAACCUCUAAUUUUGUCUUCAUCACUACCAUCAUCUUCUUCCGAUAGCUCUAGUUUAACUCUCGCAUCUGAAAACCAAGACUCUUCAGCGCAUACGACGUCUAAUAGUAUUACAGUGACAUUACCUAUUCAAAUUGUUUCUGCAACCAGUCUAACACCCGAAAUGUCUGAUGCACAGUCACAAGUAAAUCUUACGGUUUCUGUUCCAACUCCGUCCCCCAGCCCACAUAGCAUAACCUCCUCCCAAGCGCAACAAAUAUUUGCUGCACAAGAGUCAGAAACAAAUUGUGAAAGUAACGAAAGUCCUAAACCAAAAUCAAAGAAUAAGAAUGUGAAAUCCACACAGCAAAUGAACAUUGAAAAUGCAUAUCCAAAGCCAGCUUAUUCGUACAGUUGUCUGAUUGCUAUGGCUCUUAAAAAUAGCAAAAAUGGUAGUCUGCCUGUGCACGAAAUAUAUGACUUCAUGACGGAAAAUUUUCCUUAUUUCAAGACUGCUCCUAAUGGAUGGAAGAAUUCGGUGCGACACAAUUUGUCCUUAAAUAAGUGUUUUGAAAAAAUAGAGAAGCCAACAGGAAAUAGUGCACAGAGAAAAGGCUAUUUGUGGGCAAUGAAUCCUGCUAAAAUAGAAAAAAUGGAAGAAGAAUUGCAGAAAUGGGGCAGCAAAGAUCCUGUGGCUAUUAGAAAAAGCAUGGCCAAUCCAGAACGUUUGGAACUGAUAGAAAAAGGAGAACUCAAGAACAAUGAAAGUGAAGUGAAAACGGAAGAUAUGAGUAUUUCUGAUGAAGAGUGCGAAAUCAAAGAAAUCAAACAGGAAAAAGAGGAUGAGGAUGUUAAGCCCCAUAUUAAUACCUUAGGAAAUGAUCUGUUAAACCAUGACUUUCCUUCUUUGGGAGACUCUGUGAACAUGGAUUCAUGCUUACCAGAGCUUGAUCUCCAGAAAGGCAUAUGGGAAAAUUUGUGUGAAGAUAGGCUUCACUUUAUGAGUGAUAGCCCAAUAAACCCUUUAUCACCGAAAAAUUCAGAAACUAUGGAUGAUGACUCGUCUUUAGAAUCUGCUCCGUCCUCUCAAAGAUCCUAUAUUCAAGCUAAUUAUAUUUACAAGUGUGCCCAGCGUGCCUCGUCUUCUGAUGCGAGUGCUAAGCGAUUACUGGCCCAUCCCUCAUUGGCUGGGACAGAACAAGGCACCACUUGCGAUGCAUGA